UAUCUCGUUCAAUGGACCGCAUUUCGUAUCAACGAUGAAUUUUUUCUCCUUUCGAGACGUUAAAAAGUCAUUUUAGUACAAAAUCAGAACUCUCUCACUUCAGUUGUUCUCAUUUUCGGUCAAGAUCUGUAACAAAAAAUAACAAAAAUGAAUCAAUUAGUCGAAAUUCCAUCAAAUAAUUGGGUUUCGUUAAGAGAUUUGUUCCUCACUAAUUGGCCAAAUGAUCAUGUAGGCUACUAUUUAGUUGAUAACUACGUAAAAUGGGUUGAAAAAGACCCAAAUAUCAAAAAUUUAGCCUUUUAUUGCUUGAAUGGCGAUUGGAGUGAUGGAACUUUUGUCGUAAUUGAUCGCUUUCAACUCUUUAUCUACUCAAAAUCCGACACAAAUGAACGCCUAACCGAGCUUUUGAGACUCCUGGAUUGGUCAAAAGGCUUCAAAGUCAGUUCUUUUCGCAAGAAAUUUCGUUCCGCGGUGUUGACUGUGAUCGAUGAGCUCUCAUUGGAAGUCGAAUAUGACAAAGAACGGAUUUUGUUCUUCAUGCCGCGUGAAAAAGCAUCCGUUUUGGAUGUUACUCCGCCUGAAGGAUACUCGUUGAAGCCCAUUUCUGAUGAGAAUCAUGUACAAAAAGUGAGCGAAAUUUGGUCAAAUCGCGAUGAAGGGUCAUUUUUCUUCCUUCAACGGUUGAAAAAUUUCAAUCCAAAUGUCGGAUUGUUCAAAAACGACUCCAACGAACUCGUUUCUUGGUGUUUUCGUCUUCAAGUUGGAGCUUUGGGAGCAUUACAGACCGACAAAAAUUACCUUCGACGUGGCUUUGGUUCUUUAGUUACGCGAAAAAUGUGCAAAAUUCUCGCCGAAAUGGAUCAAGAUACCUUUGCUUUAGUUGACGCAUCGAACGAAGCCUCGAAACGAAUGUUCCAGAAAGUCGGCUUUGAAUUGCAGGAUUUCACGUGCAAGAUAAGAACAAAGCCGAGUGAUCCAAAUUUUCGUUGUAUUUUGAAGAGAAAAAUGAAAAUUACAAAAAUUCCUUUGAGUGAUUGGCCUUCUUUGAGGGAUUUGUUCAAAAGUGAUUGGCCAAGGAACAUUUUGCCGUACCAUUUAGUGCAAAAUUAUCUGGAUUGGCAUCAAAAAGAUCCGGAUUUUGUCGAGAAAAAUAUCGAAAUUUGUUGUUUGGAUGGCGAUUGGAGCGAUGGCACGUUUUAUGCAUUGGACGAAAAUUCCGUUUUCUUCUACACUCUGAACGAAGAUCUCUCCAAACUCGUCAAUUUACUCUCCCUCCUGCCACGUAACAACGACUAUCUCGGUGCUUGUGUCUAUGCGCGCCAUUUUCCAGUCGUAGAGAAACUCGUUUCCCUCAUUCCCGAAUGGGAACAUAAAUUCAGUACAAAAACCUUCUUGCAUCACAUUCCACGCGAACGAGGAGCUGCUUACGACUUGGAAAUUCCCGAAGGAAUCACAAUUAAACCGAUGCAUUCCGACGAACAUGCCGCUACGGUAGAUUCUGUUUAUCCAUUUCGCACGGAAGGCAAAACCGUUCAUCAUUUCAAGAAACUCAUGAAAUUCAACACGAAUUUGGGGGCUUUUGAUGCGGAAGACAAACUCGUGGCGUGGUGUUUGGUUUAUCAAUCGGGCGUUUUGAAUGCGUUGCAAGUGUUGGAUGAUGGCAGAAAACGACGCGGAUUGGGCAGUUUGAUGGUUAAAGCGAUGGCGAAGACGAUGGCAGAGCAAGGAUAUGACACGUUUGGUUGCAUUGUCGAUGGAAAUGUGCCGUCGUUUAAUUUAUUCAAGAAAUUAGGGUUUGAUAAUAUUGGAGAAGUUUAUUGGACUGGAUUUGGAUCGAAAAAUGUGAGCAAUUUUACGGCGAGUGAUCCAUAUGCGGAGCAGAGGAAUGGAAAAAAUUGAAAAAAAGUUCAAAUUAUUAAAAAAAAAAAUAAUUAUAAUAAAAAAAUAAUUUAAAUAAAAAUUUUAUUUUUGGUAAUAAAAAAUUAUUUAAUAAAAAAAUAAUUAAAAAUAAAACCAAAAAUAAAAUUUUUAUUUUAAUUUUUUUUAAAUA